AUGACCUUCAAAAGAGCGCCUUCGACAACCGCACGAUCUACGCGUUCCCUGGGCGUGCCGUACGGCCGCGUGACGGAGCGGUUCGGCCGCGCGGAGCCGGCCGGGCCCUGGCAGGGCGUGCUGAACGCCACCACCGACGGCGCCGAAUGCGUGCAGUGGGACGAGCGGCAGCAGCGCGCCAUCGGCAGCGAGCAGUGCCUCUACCUGAACAUAUACACGAGUUCGCUGCCGCCGGCCAACCCGACGGCACCGCUCGUCUUCUUGCACGGUGGCGAUUGGACGAGCGGCAGUGGCAGCAGCCACUGGUACGGGCCGCGCUACUGGCUCGACCACGACGUGGUACUCGUCACUCUCAACAGCCGGCUGGGCGCGUUCGGGUUUCUCUCGACUGGCGACCAGCAGGCGCCAGGCAACCUGGGCCUGCACGACCAGGUGCUGGCGCUCGACUGGAUCAACAACAACAUCGCGUUCUUCGGCGGCCUGCGCAGCCUGACGACCAUCAUGGGCGAGGGCACGGGCGCCGUCUCGGUUCACAUGCUGCAGCUGACGCAGCGCGCCAAGAACCUGUUCGAGCGCGCCAUCUCGCAGAGUGGCACGGCCUUCUGCCCGGGGGCGUUGGUGCCGGAGACGAAGGACGAGCUGCUGCUCAUGUUCUCCAAUGAGCUGGCGCCGCUGUACGACGCCAACGACCCGCUGGUGAACGAGAUCCGACAGAUUUUGAACAUGUGGGUGACGUUCGCCAAGACGGGCGACCCCACGCCCGACGUGCACGGCAUCGACGCGGGCCUAUGGCGCGAGUACUGGGAGUUCUUCUACCCGUUCGACCCGCACUAUCUGAUCAUCGACCGCGACUGGGCGUCCGUCACUGAGCUGAGACCGCAAGCCAUUGAAUUCUGGGACUCGCUCGGCCUCCGGGAGAACAUGUUCAAGCACAAGCUGGUGAUGAGGGACGAGCUAUGA